UAGUCAUGACCCAGCAUGGAAUCUGUGGAAAUAAUGUUAGAAGAAAAAAUCCUAGUUAUGCCAAAUGGAAGGGAUUAGCAAGGAUACCAGAAAAACACAGUCAUCAGCACCAAAGAGAUGUGGAAAGGCCCGUGGUGCACUCCAUGGGCUGGAAUGGCAAUGGACAAUGGACACCCUUCCUGUCCCCGGCCUCCUUCACCCCACAGCAUGUGGUGUUUCAGCAGGAGGGAGAAGAAGGGAAGAAGCCUCAGCCUUGGAAUGAGAGCUGAGGAUACCAAAGGCCGAUCUUCACUGGAGGGAGGAAGGAGAAGUAGAAGAGGUUGAUGCCAUGGAUUUUUCAGUGGCUUGGAAGGAACCAGGACUCUACAGACUCCCCUUGUCUGUCCUGUGUGAAGCCAGAUUCUCCCAUUUUUGGAUGAUUGAACCCCUGUGCCUUCUGCAUCAGAAAGAGGAGCCACGUGUAUUUUGCUGAGAUUAUUUUAUUGAGGUGCUGCAGUUGGAACAAUCCUCUGGAAAGGGAGAAGUCGGGAUGCUGUGUGCCUACACCAGGAUGCUCCUGCUGCACUGCCCGCUGCUGCUGCUGCUGCUGCUGCUGCCACUGGGCUCCAGGCCCCAGAAGUUCCCGACCAGGGAUGAGGAGCUGUUCCAAAUGCAGAUCCGGGACAAAGCGUUUUUUCACGAUACGUCCGUCAUCCCGGAUGGAGCGGAAAUCAGCAGCUACCUGUUCCGAGACACCCCUAAAAGGUAUUUCUUUGUGGUUGAAGAGGACAACACUCCCUUAGCAGUGACUGUGACACCAUGUGAUGCCCCCCUGGAGUGGAAACUGAGUGUACAAGAGCUCCCAGAGGAAGCCAGUGGAGAAGGUUCAGGUGACCCAGAGCCUCUUGAGCAACAGAAACAGCAGAUUACCAGUGAGGAAGGCACAGAGCUCUUCUCUUACAAAGGCAAUGACGUGGAGUACUUUGUGUCCUCUAGUUCCCCAUCUGGGCUGUACCAACUAGAUCUGUUGUCCACAGAGAAGGACACCCAUUUUAAGGUGUAUGCAACCACCACUCCGGAGUCAGACCAGCCUUAUCCGGAAUUACCUUACGAUCCCAGAAUCGAUGUCACCUCCCUGGGACGUACAACAGUGACCCUGGCAUGGAAGCCAAGUCCCACUGCCUCCCUGCUGAAACAGCCAAUCCAGUACUGCAUAGUCAUCAACAAAGAGCACAACUUCAAAAGCCUCUGUGCUGUGGAAGCCAAGCUCAGUUCUGACGACGCCUUCAUGAUGGCUCCAAAACCAGGCCUGGAUUUCAGUCUGUUUGACUUUGCCCAUUUUGGCUUCCCUGCGGACAACAACUCCGGCAAAGAGCGGGGUUUCCUGAAACCAUCCAAGUUUGGGCGGCAAACAUCCUCCAAGCCCAGAGUUGACCUGCAUAAGGUUUGUAUUGGGAACAAGAACAUCUUCACUGUGUCUGACCUGAAGCCCGACACGCAGUACUACUUUGACAUGUUCGCGGUGAACACCAACACCAACAUGAGCACCGCGUACGUCGGCACCUUCGCCAGGACCAAGGAGGAGGCCAAGCAGAAAACAGUCGAGCUGAAGGAUGGCAAAGUUACAGAUGUUUUCAUCAAGAGAAAGGGAGCCAAGUUCCUGCGGUUUGCCCCCGUUUCAUCCCACCAAAAAGUCACCUUCUCCGUUCAUUCGUGCCUGGAUGCUGUUCAGAUCCAAGUGAGAAGAGACGGAAAACUUCUCCUGUCUCAAAGCGUGGAGGGCGUGCGGCAGUUCCAGCUUCGGGGAAAAGCGAAAGCGAAAUAUCUCAUUAGGCUGAAAGGAAGCAAGAAAGGUGCUUCCAUGCUGAAGAUCCUGGCUACAACGAGGCCCAACAAGCAGUCUUUUCCUUCUCUCCCGGAAGACACGCGGAUCAAAGCCUUCGACAAGCUCCGCACGUGCUCAUCGGUCACGGUGGCCUGGCUGGGCACACAGGAGAGGAACAAGUUCUGCAUCUACAAGAGGGAAGUGGAUGACAACUACAACGAAGAGCAGAAGAAAAGGGAGCAGAACCAGUGCUUGGGUCCAGACACGAGGAAGAAAUCGGACAAGGUUCUCUGUAAAUAUUUCCACAGCCAGAACAUCCAGAAAGCUGUGACCACAGAGACAAUCAGGGGCCUGCAGCCUGGCAAGUCCUACCUGCUGGAUGUUUACGUGAUAGGGCACGGGGGGCACUCUGUGAAAUACCAGAGCAAACUGGUGAAAACAAGGAAGUUCUGUUAGUGCCCCCGUACAUAGAAAUAUAUGGAACUCUGGACUGAGCAUUAUCCUACUUCCAAGUAUACGGAUCGACUACUUGCACAGCUGAGAAGUUGUGAGCUGUAUUUGUACUGUGUAGAAAAGAUAUCAACUUGUAUAUUUAUGUUUACAUAAGUAAUUGUUUGGAGGAACUGAGGCUGGUGCUCUCUGGCAGCACCUGGCAGUGGUAUUAUCAUAUGUCCAGUGGCCCACAUGUGAUGCUCAGUAGAUGUCCAAGGUAGCAGGAGACCUCGGAGGAACUGGCACGCCUUCGCUUCCGUAUUGCAUGAACUGCUUCUAAAUUAUUUUAUACUUAAUAAGGCUGAGAUUCAUCAUCUGUCCACCUUGUUACUCACACACAGAACUCACAGACGUACACCCUUUCUCUCAGUGUAGGCGGUAGGGUUUCUGUAAAUUAUUUUAUAGAGUCUUGUUUUAAAUGUUUAUGUUUCUAUGAUUGUAAACUAUUAAAAUCUCCCCCCCCCAAUAAAAUACAGAUCUAAACUAAGUAUUAACUGGGCUGCACAUGAAGCAGUUUCAUUGCUAAUGUAAAUUCUUACCUAGCUGAUUUCCAUGUUUAAAUACUGUAUGUAUUUCAUGUACAAAGUUGCCAUAACGUUAUAUUCCUGUACAUAAAAUUAAAAAUAUUAGAUUAUA